AUGUCGCGACACUCGCGCACCUCGAUGCGAGCCACUGACGAGGAUUUGAACUUUGAGCCACCGACCAAAUGCCAUUGCCAGCACUGUCAGAUGCGCCAUCCGACACAACAGAUGAUCGACGAGCGGGAACGCCUCGAUAAUAAUGAGCCAGAUGUGCUGAGAGCAAUCGAUGACCAGGUGGACGAUUUGAUCCAAGAUCUCGCAAAGAUGGUCAAGUUCAAAUCGGUGUCCGUGGAGCCGAAGUUCCUUGUGGAGAGCUGCAUGGCACUCGACUGGAUCGCCAAUCGAUUGGCCCACUUAAAGUUCAGAAUAUAUGAGCAUCAAAUACCCGACGAUCCGGCCAAUUGCUUUCGGGAGCCGCAUCAGAAGGUGCUCUUCGCCAGAUACUUUUCCUCGCCCACCAAGCCCACGCUGCUGAUCUAUGGCCAUUUGGAUGUGCUGCCCGCCAAACCAGAGUGCUGGCUGAACGAUCCCUUUGAGAUGAUCCUCAAGGAUGGCCUGGUCUAUGGUCGGGGCGUGACCAGCGGCAAGGGCAUGCUCGUGGGCUGGAUCCAUGCCAUCGAAUGUUGGCUCCAGGUGCACGAGGAUCUGCCGAUAAAUGUCAAGUUCAUUGUGGACAUGCUGCACGAGGUGGGCAGCACCGGACUGCAGGACUAUGUGCGUGCGAGGAGCGACUUCUUUGUGGAUAUCGACUACAUGGUAUUCGAUGUCAACUCGUGGCUGAACAACGAUCGACCCGUCAUCUCCUGCAGCCUCACCGGCUGGGCAUACUUUGGGGUCGAGCUGCGCGGCGCCAACAAGAGCCUGGAGGGCGGCCUGGCCGGUGGCCUAGUAUUUGAGCCGAUGAUCGAUAUGUGCCAUGUGAUGAAUCGUCUGGUCAACGACGAGCACGAAAUCGAAAUACCCCGCAUCGAGAACAAUGUGCGGCGUCUGUCGACACCCGAGUGGCAUCUGCUCGAGACGGCCGACUUUAGUUCCUAUGAGUACAGGGAGGAGCUGUUCGUGCGCCGGCUGCGGCACGAUGCGAAUAAGGUCGAGCUGCUGCAGAAACGCUGGUGCAAGCCGAGCCUGACCAUGCAUGGGAUCGAGGGCGCGGACAGUCGACCCGGCUGCAGUCGCAUCCUGCCCAUGAAGGUGCUGGGCAAGUUUUCCAUUCGGCUGGUGCCCGAUCAGGAAGUGGACCAGGUGCACAUCGCCGUCAAGGAAUAUUUGCUGCACUUGAGCAACGAACUGGCUCUUGGCACCACCAUCUCCGUCCAUCUGAUCGAUUACAUGGAGCCGACCAGUUGGUCCAUGGAGAGCAAGCUAAUGAAAGCCCUCAUGCGAGCCGUGGGCGAAGUCUACCAAAAGGAUCCGAUUGCCACACAGGGCAUACCCAUUUGUCUGCCCAUUGCCAAUGUGCUGGGUAAGCUGAUCAGGAAGCCCAUCAUCCUGAUGCCCUUCUACAAGCGCAGGGAUCGCCAUCACCAGGAGAACGAGAGCAUUGAGGAGGACAACCUUAUGCGGCACACCAAAACCUGUGCCCGCCUCUUAUAUGAGCUCUCCUUCCUCCGAACCAAGUGCAAGUGUGAUCUGAUCAAUAAGUAUUGCAACCUGCGAGGCGUCAAGGAGAAACUGGAUGCCGAUCGUGGCUAUGAUCUGCCAGUGCCUCCCAAACGCAAUCUAUUGACUAGCUUCUUUAAGUUAAAGCAUAAAGAUCAACCGGCUCCAAAGAAAGCGCCGAAAAGGAAAUCCUUGAAGAAAUUCCUAUGUUUGCCAUUUAGUUUCAAGAAACCCAACAAGAGGAAGAGGGCCCCUGCUGCUCCAAUAUAA